GUUAGGAGGAAAACAGGCUAGAAGGUAGAAGCUAGAAGAAACACCUUGAGCUGGUUUAUUCCUAAAUUAGUAUGUAGUGCUUGGUAUAAACGGUGAAACCCAUGACUUUAUAUAAAAAAUACAGAAAAGGGAUACUGGGAUACUGCUUGAUAGCAAGGCAGCCUAGUUGGACAAACUACCUGGGAAGCUUUUUGUCCCCGUGACCAGAGCUUGUGUGCUCUGUGUGCAAUUCUGAAAGCCCUGUGGUGUCAUCAGAAAGUCAUUGUGACACGUGUGGCAUCAAUCCCUUUAGCAGCAUGGGGCAGCCCUGAAGAUGCUAAGAAUGCCAGCCCUCCUCCAGUGAGGAUAGACAUCAGAAGGUGGGGGAAGGACGUAUCCCCAUCCCGUUGGCUGCCUUCUGAGGGCAUAGAGAGGAUUUCCUGUGCAGCAAUAACAGCAGGACCUGGGGAGCUAGUCCCAAACUGCCACAUUCCCAGGCUUCAGCUGCUGUUGCUGAGAACCAGAAACUGCUUUUACACCUUCACAAUUCCUGUUUGCACAUGUCAGAGAGGGCAGGCCAGGAGCCUCGUGUCUCUUUGGUUUGCAGCGGCAGAUGGCGUUGCAGAAGGGCUUGGCAGAAGGUGGCACCUCUUCCUCUACUGCCAACAACAACCAGGUGCUCCAGGCUCAGUCUCUACAUAACUCGGAGAACCAAAUGUGCCCAAUCUGCUUGGACAUCCUUAAAAACCAAGUCUCUGUGAGCUGGUGCAGCCACAGUUUCUGCUUUCCUUGCAUACUAGAAUGGUCCCGCAACAAAGCUGUGUGCCCAGUCUGCCGGGAGCCUUUCCGAUACCUCCUCCGCAAAGCGGGAGACAAUAACUAUGAGGUGUACUCGGUAGGGCACUACACCAGCUCCACUAGAUGUAAUCGAGGAAGAAGAGAUGGUCACCACUCUGCAGAAAGGAGGCGGCAUCCUUCUGCAGGCCACCGGCACCACAGAUCUUCCAGCAGGAGAGCGCGGCACUAGCCGUGCCAGAGACUGGGGAAAGGGACCGAAUCAGGUCCCGGAGGAGGAACUAUGAUGGUCACAGCAGGGCUCAGCAGGCCCAGAGUUAUGACCUCUCAAGCAGCAGGAGAUGGCAGCACAGCAGGGCUCGGGACAUGGCUUCUGAACCGUCUCGAGAUUGGCACCGAGCUGCAGGGCACGAAUGGAGUGCCCAAUGUCCGCUUGGGGAGGAGAGAGCACCGUCAGUGGGCACAACGGGAUUCCUCCAGGGAAUCACGGGCAACAAGCAGACGACCUCGUCGAUCCCGGCGGACAUCCCACAGCCCUGAGCGGCACAGGGGCAGGUAGCACACCCUACAGGGUACUACUGUAUGUCGUGCUACUAGUGCCAUAAAUUAUACUACUUUACACCAAAGUUGGUCCUAUUAACAAUUCCAAAAAUAAAGUCAAUUCCAUCCAUCA